GAAGCACAGCUUGAAAUUCAAAAUGGGAAACUAUCGCACUAAACUAAGAAAAGCAGGAUGUGUAGAGGUUGGUGUAAACGGGGGCAAAACAGGUGGCCCGGGAAUGGCAGCAAAAGGACUGAAAAGGCCAAAAAGGUCUGAGGUAAAUUACUUACCAGAACACCCUGAGGGGCAGAAUGGAGAUAGCCUAGAGGCUGUGAGACAGCUUCUGGUUGAAGAAAUGAGGAAAGUGAACCCUAGUGGAACUUUCAUUGCAUCAAAGAUGGACCUGACCUUCUCAAUGCGAAGACAUGAGAUUGUGGAUGCUGAAACUCCAGUGAAAACAUUGAUGGAGCGGUGGCCAGCACUUUUUACCGAGAGACAAGUGUUUGCAGAGUUUCACAGGAUAGUCACCACAGAUCUGCAGAGUAACUUUUAUGGUGCUGUGGAUCGCUACACACCACGCUUUGUCACAAUCUUCAAGUCCAAGAAAGGGACCGUUGGAGAGAAAUUGGAUGAGCUAAUGCAGCAAAUGAAUACAGGCAAAGAAGCAGAUGUGACAGCAAUGCGCACUCUUGUGCUCCGGGGCUUACCUAUCCUGCUUGGUGAUGAUGCCAGUAACUUCUACAACACCUGCAAUGCAUGUGAUGUUGAUGGCUGGCCACAAGUGUCCGUUGGGGUGCUGACUGUUAUUGAUGAAGAAGAACCUCUCAUUCCAAAUAAACUGUACCUUGACCCAGUGUCUACUGCAAUCAUUGUGGAGGGAGGUAUAGUACUGGAUAAUCUGCAGAAUCUGCCUCAGGCAAUUUGCGUUUUGUUUGGUCUGACUUAUGCUUUAAAUUUGAAUUACCCAAAAGGCAUGAUAAACACUUUCAACUUCAUUCAGAAAGUGAUGAUUGGUUUGGGACAGAACAAACUGCCACCAAAACUACAAUCUCUGAAAAAUCUCCUGUUGAGCUGAGAUGUAAUCAAAUGUGCAAGAGUGAUAUUUGACAUUUGAUGACAGUGGAAUUAGAUUAGUCGAUAGAAAAAAAGGGAAACUAAGGCACUUGUUUAAAAUUGUCAGCCCAUUGGUUCUUGAGCAAGUUAAGAGGCUGCCAGUGUAUUAUUUUCUAAUGGACAUGUGUUCCAGAGACAUUGCUUUUGGCACUUGUCAACUUGUUGGUUCUAUCAAGUUUGGUCUCUGAAGUGUUACUGAUUUAAAGAUGUUAAGAGUUAAGGUAUGGCCUCAGAAAAAACAUGUACUUUUAUAUAGAUUUUAAAUACAUUUAUUUAGAUUGUUGUACUGUAAAAGGUUUUUGUUUUAAAGAUUUAAAAAACCUAAAGUGACUAUUUGCAUUUUUUUUUUUUAUAACCCCAGUGCAAACUUGUGUGUACCAUCCUUGUCAGUUAAGAACACAAAUACAAUAAAUUUGCCUUUGAAUUGUAUCAUUGCCUUAAAUUUAUUUGUCCAGUUGCAAAUGUUAUCUUUGAAAAAUUGUGAACCUAUUCUCUAUGAUUUAUAAUAGAUGAUUGUUAGCACUUGAGUUAAUUGAGUAACGCUUACUUGGUUUUUUUAAGGCAAUCGGUUUGCAUGGUUUUAACAAGUAAACUGGAUUGCCUUUGAAGUAAAGUAAACUCAGUAAUUCCAAGUUGUAUUCAGAAAACAUCACCUUAGCACAACUUGCAUAAAUUAGUUAGGAAUACUCACUCACAAAGUGUAUUUUACUUGAAAUGAUUUAGUUGUUUAAAAUAGUAAUUCUGAGUAGUCUAUACUAAGACAAGUACAUCUAAAGUAAAUGAUUAAGUAUACGAUACAAAUUUGUUUUAAGUUACUGGAACUCUCUUGUAAGUGUACAAUACUAGACAGGCACUUGUUAGUUCUACAUACUAUUCCUAUUUCACCUUACUUGGUUUUUUCAAGGCCAUCGGUUUGCAUGCUUUUUUUAAGUAAGGUUUACUUAUUGGAUUUUACAGUGUGGUUUCCCAGCGCUGUGUAGUAGGCGACCUGUCAGCGUGUCGAGAGAGACUAUAUAGGCUACAUUUUAUAAUGAAGCAGAGCAGGAAAAAGGCUU